CAAGAGAUCCCGUUUCUCUGCUCCAUGCUACGCUACCCGUUCAUGUUGGGCAGCAACUGGUUUUCCAGGGGUUUCGAACCAAUACGUCAGCUUGCGUGGCUUGUGAGGCAGUGCGAGGCCGAGCUCAUGCCAAGAUCGCUCUAGACCAGUCGCGUUCCCAGCAAUGCACCAUGUGUCGCCAUUAUCUCCAAUAAAUCAUGGCUGUUAGUGAAGGGAGCGGCGCGUUGGAGGUACUGGGGCGGAUCAAUGCGUUGGGCUAACGCGGGCAUGAGAUUAUGGUUGCACGUUUCAAGAUAAAACGUCCGUGAUUGGCAAUAGAGUAGCUAGGUAUAGGAUAAGCUCGUUAGGCAGAAGCUCGAAAAGCCCAGUUGGUGUCUCUAUUCAUUUGAACUGCUUCCCCUGGAGCGGGCGAGUGGCUGCGCAAAAAUCAUUUUUCCACUUGCAGGUUAGUCUGGAGUGGAGACCUGACAAAAUGAACCGGGGGAUUCCGGCGCGUUACAUUGGCGGUGCCAUGAUCCGGAAUCAGAGGCCCUUGUGCGCAAGUGGAGUCAGAUUCCCCAAGUCGUGGAGCCUCUGAGACGAGAUGAAAAGGCCACAACACCUGGAUGUGGGCUGUCGGGCGGUACCAACAAGAGAGGCACUGAUAAAUUCAAAGCUUCUGCCCCAAAGACUCCCAAUGUACUCCCGACUGGACGGUAAUAUCCUAGGUGCGCAAAAGCGCCCCAGCCACCACUGUGGCCAGAUUUUGCUCCCGUAGUAUGUUACAUGCCAGGGGGAGACGGAACGGGGCUUCGAGCGUGACAGGACGUAUUACUAGACACAUGUCAGGGCAGCACAGCCUCACUAGGUCCGGUUAAGUGGCAAUUGCCUUUAUGCAACUACUGGAGAUGCGCUGAUGGAACAUGGCCG